AUGAGCGGUUUAAACGUGUCGCGAGUGAGAAAAAGGAGAAAGAGCAAACGCGACUCGUACUUCAAUCCGGAUGGCUCGGUGAGCUACGAAGUGCUCGCCAACAACUGGCUCAACCGAAACGGACCAGAUUGUGAGGAAACGGAGGUGAAAAACAAGGUCCCGAAGGUCCCGAAGAUCCGUGUCGAUGAGAACAGUGUGAUGACAAAGAUCUAUGGGCCCAACUGGAGGCAAUAGUGAGUUCCCGGUCCUCUUUGGAAUUUCUCUGGAACUGUUUUCUCUUUCAGCAAGCCCCGGUCCCGUAGCACAUCGCCAUUGAAGUCACCGUCGAGCAGAAACGUCUGGAAUCGAGUAUCUUUCCCAUUGAAGCGAUAG